AUGGGAUUCAUCAAGUCUGGCCUUGUUGCGGGUGGUACCUAUAGCCUCAUUAAAGCUGCAUCCAAGUCCGCCGCUGAGUACGAGGAGCAGAAGCAGAAGGAGAUGGAAAAUAUCCAACCUGCUGCCCAAAGACUCCGACAUGCUGCCCAGCAAAGGUACUACCUUGAGAAUAGGCGGCGAAUGGGCUAUAAGGAUAGUCGCCAAAGGAAUAACCCUCAUGCCCAACCAUCGUACCCUCUAGACUCAAACCAUGACAGCAAUGUGAAUCAGUCUAAGCCACAAGCACAAUCCAAGUCGACCUACCAGCCGUCAACAUGCCGUACAAGUACAAAGACCAUGGAGAACCCUCCGCCAUACGAGCCUUCACCACAGGCACAAUCCCAGUCGACCCACCAGCCGUCAAUGUCCACAAGGGCCAUGGAGAACCCUCCUCCAUACGAUCAGAGCCACCCAUCCGAAAUGCGGGGAGAUAGUAUGGCUGGAUCAGAUGCAUAUUCCAAAUCAAAAUAA